AUGGAUUUUGAUUUAAACGAAGCUGAAAACUCAUUUAAGUUUCUCUAAGAGUAAAAGAAGUUACCAAUAAAAAUGUUUCAUAAACUUGAACUUCUUUUAGAGUGUAUUAAUAGCUAAGAAAUCGACACGUCUGUUUUUCAUUCCUUAGAACUUGAAGAGUGUCAAGCUUUGAUGAAAUUAAAUAAGCAAGCAUAAAAAUAGAUGUUUAUGGAUAUUAUCAAAGGAUAUGCAUAUGUAAUAUGUACUUUAUUUAUAUUAGGCAAACAUGAUUCCGACAGCAAUAGGAGAAAUAAAAGGAAGUAUUGAUGUUAGAACUAAAGUGUUCAAAAAUUGGAAAUAAAAAGAGUUUAAGAUUGAUUCUAAAUUAAGAACCUUUGAAAUUCUGAGAAAAAAGAAUAGCAAAAAGAAACCAAGAAUUAUAUACCUUGAAUACUACACUGUUUAACCAUAAGAAUUUAAAGAUAAACGUUAUCGCUUUGUGAUUAUAGCCAAUUCUGAUGGUCAUGGCUAUUACAAAACAUUAGUUUGUGGAUCAGAUGAUAAAACACUUUAUGACAAAGUGAUUUAGGCACUUAAAACAAUAUCUCAGUUUAAAGAUCAUAUUAUGAGGGGAAGUAUAUUACUUGAAUCUAAUGAUUAUAAUUAACCCAGAACCUAAACUACUCAGUAAUCUUUCAUUACAACAAGAUAAGAUAUGAGGUUAGUCACUUAAUCAGAAAUUAUUCCACAAAAAUAAACUACAAAUCUAAAAAUCACUAAAUAAAUAAAUGAAUCUGAUAUUAAGGCAAUCCAAAUAUAAUAAUAACAAUAAAAAUAAUUGAAUCUUUCUUAAAAUACUUAGCAACAAAUCAAUGCUAAUUAAUUAAUACUAUAAGAUGAAUCUCUUGCCAAAUAAUAACAGUAGCCCUAAUAUAUCUAAUAAUAAUAAAUAUAGUCAUCUGUUAUCUCUAAUUAACAACAACAAUAUUAGCAGUAAUAACCAUAACAAUAAUAAUAAUAACAAUAUUAAUAAUAAUAACAAUAAUAAUAACAAUAAUAACAAUAAUUAUAAUAAUAAUAAUAAUAAUAAUAAUAAUAAUAACAAUAAUUAUAAGAAUAAUAAUAACAAUAAUAAUAUUAUUAAUAAUAGUAGUAGUUAUUAUAAUAAUAAUAAAAAAUUUAAGAGGAAUAAUUUAGAUUAUAAUAAGAAUAAUUACUAUAAUAGUAGAGAGCUGAACAUCAAAGAUAAUAAUAAGAAUUGUUAAAUUAAUAAUUGCUACAGUAAGAAUCAUAACAGAAAAUAUAAUAAUAGGCAUUGAUUCAAUAGACAAAUGAAAUAAAAGAAAUUAAAAAUGAAUUGAAAUAUCCAUAAGUAUAUUAGGUUUUAUUUGAGGAGGGAAAAUUUAAUUCUGAUUAUUUUGACUAAUCAACUAAAUAAUUCACAUAAGUUUUUUCUAAAGAUGGAGUUCAAAUACUGAAGGACUAAGGAAAUCCACUUUGUUUUAGAUCAACACUAACCAUAUUUGAUGGAGACAUCGAGAAGGUUUUCUAAUGUUUAGCUGAGAUAGAUUUUGUAAAAAAAUGGAAUGCUGUAAUAAAUCCAAAUGAAACUAAAUUGUUAAAUGUUAUGUAAAGUGAGAAUUGUGGAAUAAUAUAUGAAAGACAUAAACCAUAUGGUUUAUUAUAUUUACCUCGAGAUUUUGUUUAUCUAAGAUAUGUUACAUAUAGAGGAGAUGAUAUAUUAAUAGUGGAUAAAUCAAUUGAAAAUGAAGAUGCUCCACCAUACAUGAAAGUUAUAAGAGGUGAAAUUAAUUACUAACUUACAGAGAUAGUUAAGAAUGAAAAUAAUAUUUUAGUAAGGAUUGAGUCAGAAAUGACAAAUGGUGGUUUGUCAUCUGUAAAUUAAGAUUGUGCAAUAACUUAAUGGUAUAAAAGUGAACUUUCACAUUUUUAAUAAUUUUUAAAGACCUACACUGCAGUUUAAGAUACAAUACAAUCUCCUCUAUUAUAGGUUUUAAAAAGCACUAAAAUAAAUAAACAAAAAGAAGUGAUAAUAAUUGAUCAAGAAAUAUCAUCUAAUAUUUAAUAAUAAUAAUAAUAAUAAUAAUCUACUUCACCAUAAUAAUUGUCUUAGAUUAAUAAUGGAUUUUAGUAAUAAUAUGAUAAUAGUCCAUAAUAAUAGUAGUAGGAAUAUAAAUAAGAAAUUUACUAAUCUACAUCUGUAACAGUGGCAAAUGAUAAAUAAUUCAAAUCUGAUUAAAUAACUGAAACUUAGAAUAUAACUUUGGAUUAGCUUCCAAUAAUAGCAACAAUUCCAGAAACAACUCCAUUAAUAAUAGAAAAUCAGAAGGAAAUUAAUGAGAUUUAAUAAUAUAAUAAAGAUAUAGAGGAUGCUGAUUUAAGUAAUUACACUCCAAGUGAUUUUAUAUAAUAGACAUUGCCAUAAUUAUCAGAAAAGGAGAUAGCAUAAGUGAAAUAAAUGAUAAAAAAUAUUGAGUAAGGUUCUUAUGUUUAUACUGCAAAUUGUAUAACUCAUAAAUAUGUGACUGGACCUUAGAUGGUUAAAGAUGAAUAUAUAACAUAAAUAGAUGGUGGUCAUUAUUUUUUAAGAUAGGAUUGGAAAAGAGAUAUGAAACAUGGUGGAAUGAUAUUUUAUAGUUAGAAGAAAAUAGAGGCUUAGAAGAGAGUCAUAAAAUUUAUGUUAAAAUCAAUAGGAUCUAAUCUAUUAUCUGGUAAAUCAAUUCUGAAUAUUUCAUUACCUGUAGAAGUUUUUGAGAGCAGAUCAAAUUUAGAAAGAUUUUGUUAUUCAUUUACAUUUGCUCCAUAGAUAUUAGAAAAAGCAGCAAAAAUAGAUAACAUAAUAGAAUAGAUGAAAUACACAAUAGCAUUUGGAUGCAGUAUUAUUACAUUAUAUUCAUAGGUUCAAUAAUUAUGUAUAUGUCUUUAGAGAAACCAUUUAACCCUAUUUUGGGAGAAACUUAUUAAGGUUUUAUUAAUGGAUGUCCUGUUUAUGCUGAAUAGGUUAGUCAUCAUCCUCCAAUAAGUGCUUUUUAAUUAAAAGGUAGGGGUUAUGAUAUUGAUGGACAUAUUGAAUCAGCAGCUAGUAUGCAUGCAAAUAGUGUUACAGGAAAAAAUAUUGGAUAUAUUAGAGUUACUUAUCAUAAUACACGUUCAAAGUAGAUCUUUAUCUAAUGUCCAGGAGUAUUAACAGGAACUGCAUUUGGAACUAGAGUUUUUAAUAUUAAUGGGAGAUCUUAUACAAUAGAUUUAGUAUUUAUAAUAAUAUAUAUUUCAGGAAAAUAAUUUAAUUGCUGAUAUGGCAUUUAAUCCAGGUAGUAAGAAUGUAUUCAAUAAAAAAGAUUUAUUAUAAGAUCAAUUUAUUGGUUAUUUAUACAAAGUUAAACCUGGAGUAUUAAAUAAAUAUAAAAAAGAAGGAUAUGCUAAAUAUUCUGGAAUUGAUUUUGAUAAAGAUGUUGAAUAAAGAGUAAUUAAUUUAUUUAUUAAAUAUUUUAGUAUUUUUCUAUAAAUGGUAUUUGGAAUUAAAUGGUUGAAUUUGAUGGAAUUAAAUUAUUUGAUACUUUUGAAAUGAAUCCUCAUGCUAUGGUCAAUCAUCCUUGUCCUUUACCAUCAGAUUCAAAUUUUAGAUUAGAUAUUCUUUAUUGGAAAUUAAGAGACUUCAAUAACUCUCAAAGAACUAAGGAAAUGUAUGAAAUCAAGUAAAGAAAUGAUAGAAAAUGGAGAGAAAAACUUACAGGUAAGAAACACUGAGUUUUUUAUUGUAUUUUUUAAUAUAAAGUUUAAU